AUGCUUCGCUGCGCUGUCCCGCACUCCCCACGACUGAACUCCGGAUUGCGCUCACAGACAGAACGUGCUCGAGCACAUGACUCCCAGCUCUUGGUCGUCGCAGUGCCUCUAGUCUCAGUCGGCUGCGUCACGGAGUCGGUCACCAUCCCGAUGCUGUCGUCUCUUUCGCCCCCCUUCCCUCCAGCUGGUCGACAGUUGCGUGGUGUCGCGCUCCUGAACCGAAAUGACCUCUUCGCAGUGAGCUCACCGAAACACGCAUGA